AUGAGACUGGCUUAUCUUGCCGCGGCUCUCUUCCCUCUUGCUGCCCGUGCAGGCUGGAUUACUUUCCAGAACGAAAAUAAGCAGAAGGAAGGCAUUCCAUGUGUGGGUUCUGUCUAUGGUAACGACAAUUGGCUUGUGUCGCAAUUUGACUGUAAUGCUAUGGACUGGAACGGUACUAUGUGCGACAUGAAAUGCUUCCCUAUCAGCUCAACUAUGUGUCUUGGUUUCGCCAGGGACGUAGAAAGGGAGGUUUACGGUGUAUCGACCGGCAUCUGGUACGCGCCUCAUGGUGUGGACUCGGCCUGUCUCUACUUGGGCAGUGUCUACGGUGCGAACUAUUCGGAUCGAAUUGGACCUAAUACGACGGCCUGUGGAUAUAUCGAUUGGCCCGAGACGCGCGGUUUCGGCCCUGUGAAGCGCAAGGACAAUGGUGAUCAGUAUACAAAGGGGUGCUGGGACACGCACAAUAAGCCUGACCCUCGCUACAAACAAAACAGUGUGCAUUUCUAUGAAGGUGCUAGGCCUCUUAACCAAGAAUGGUGUGAGAAGGGCUAUGCCAACGAAUGUGGUGAGGACACCGAUAUGCAUUGUCGUCCUGAUAACAGGUAUGAGACACAGAUCAGUUGCUUGCCGGGAUUAAAAAAACCACUGAAUCCCGAGAUUCCUCGAAACAAGGAUAAGAUACCGGGCUUGAACAAACAUGCCUAG